AAAGUGACGUGGCCUUCCUUCCAGCCGGAAGACAUAUUUACUGCUUGCUUGCUGCUGAGCAGCUGAAAUAUCACUGGAACAGGGAUUAAAAACCUAAUUCAAGAGACAAAAAUGGUGACAGACGUGCAACUGGCCAUAUUUGCCAACAUGCUUGGCGUGUCAUUGUUCCUGCUCGUUGUGUUAUACCACUACGUCGCUGUCAAUAACCCCAAAAAGCAGGAGUAGAGUCUCCCAGUACACCCCCCAGAAUGACUGGAGAGGUGAGAUGGGAAUCCAUGCCACCACCCUGGAAACAACAUUCCUCCCCCUCUUGCUCUUCUCAUUGCUUUGUUAAGAUUGCACAGUAGUGUUUUUUCUAAUAAAAUAUGUGAAUUCGA